UCCAUCCAUUUUGAAGAGAAAUCCAUGAAAAUCUGAAUUGCAUGAAAUACAAGAGCUUAAUUAGGUUGCUCCUCUUUCGUCAUCGGAAAUCAAAGAGAGAGGUAGGGCCAUGGAUAAGGGUGGUCCAACCGGGCCGGGCUGGAGGGAACGGCCCGGCAACGUCACCACCGAUUUCUGCUAUGUGGAUACGGCGCUGCACUCCGCCGGCAUUUGGGGCUCUUCCGCCGGCAGCAGAGGCUUCCUCGACUACGCCUUGCCCCGCCUUCAGCUUCAGCUCGCCAUCAUUUUCAUCAUCACCCAGUCCCUUCAUCUCUUGCUCCGCCGCUUCCAUUUGCCUCGCCUUGUCUCCGAGAUCCUCGCUGGGAUCAUACUAGGGCCAACUAUUCUAGGACAGUUUGGAGAAGUGGAGCAAGCAUUAUUCCCCCAAGAAGGAGAUGUGUACUUGGACCUUCUCUCCAAAAUCGGCUACAUAUUUUUCAUCUUCCUCAGCGGCGUCAAGAUGGAUCCUCGAACCGUGCUGCGCACCGGCAUCAAGGCGUGGACCAUCGGCGUCCUCGCCGUCACUCUCCCGCUCGGCGGCAGCUUGAUCAUGACCGUUGUACAGCAAACCGAGAUCCACAAGUAUCGCAUCCCUGCUUACAAAAACACCAUCUCCAUCCAGAACCUCUUCCCUUUCCCCGUCAUCGCCUCCAUGCUGGUCGACCUCAAGAUCAUGAACUCCGAGCUGGGCCGCCUCGCCCUCGCCUCCGCUCUCAUCAGCGACCUCGUCAGCAACCUCGCCUCCACCGCCAUCACCUACGGCAGAGUCGGCAUCAUGAGCUUCGCCAACGUCAUCAUGAUCCACUCCACCUUCUUGACUGUCUGCUUGAUCCUCUUCAUCCUCUGCGUCGGCCGCCCUCUUUCCCUCUGGAUCAUCUCCAAAACGCCCGAGGGGAAACCCGUUUCCAGAUUCCACGUCAUCCUCAUGUCCUUCUUGGUUCUUGUCGUCGUCUUGCUUACCGACAACGUCGGCCUCAACUACCAGUACGGUCCGUUCCUGCUCGGCCUCGCCGUCCCCGACGGCCCCCCCUUGGGCUCCACCAUGGUCGACAGGCUGGAGACGUUGGUGUCUGGUUUGCUGGCUCCGCUUCUCGUCACCUACUGCGGCAUGAAUGUGAAUCUCGUUGAGCUCUUUGAUCUGCAGUUCGUUUCCAUUGUUUGGACGGUGGUGGGAUUGUGUCUAGUGAUGAAGCUGCUCUCUGUUUUUGUGCCGGCGGUUAUCUGCAGGGUGCCGGUGAAAGACGCGGUGGCUCUGGCCUUCAUCAUGAGCGCCCAGGGCGUGGUGCAGAUGUCUUUUUAUUAUUACAACUAUGUUAACCAGACUUUCGACGGCGAGACCUUCUCCAUGCUGACGACUUCCGUUCUGAUACAGUCUGCGGCAUCGAGCUUGAUCGUGAAAUCGUUAUACGACUACUCCAGAAUGUACACUGGGUAUCAGAAACGCGACAUUCAGCACACGCCGACGAAUUCGGAGCUGAGGAUGCUGGUGUGCGCGCACCGCGUGGACGACGCGGUGGCGAUCCGGAGGGUUCUAGAAGCUUCUUUCCCUAGCAAGGAAAGCCCUCUGGCUGUGUACGCUCUGCAUCUGGUGGAGCUAGCGGGGCGGGCGCAUCCGCAGCUGAUCGAUCACCAAUUAGGGCAGAAGUCGUCCGGCGGCGGGAGCCGGACGCAGAAGAUGAUCGAGGUGCUGUCGGCGUUCGAGCAGCAGUACACGGGGGUGGCGAGCGUGCAGCAGUUCACGGCGAUGUCGCUGAUGAAGUUCAUGCACCACGACAUCUGCACGGUGGCGUUCAACAAGCUGGCGUCGCUCAUCAUCCUGCCGUUCCACCGGAAAUGGAAUCACCAGGGGAAGGUCAUAAUGGACUCCAGCACGCUGCGCUCCAUCAACUGCGAGGUGCUGGAGCUGGCGCCCUGCUCCGUGGCGGUCCUCGUGGACCGCCACAAGGUGCGGCGCAGCGCGUCGGCCGCCUACAACGUCGGGGUGGCGUUCUUCGGCGGGGCGGACGACCGGGAGGCGCUGGCGUACGCGCGGCGGAUGGCGCUGUCGCCGGACGUGAGCCUGACGGUGGUGAGGCUGGUGCCGUGGGACAUAUACGCCGGGGACAGCCAGUGGGACGCGGUGCUGGACGCCGAGAUAUUGAAGGACACCAGGAUGCAGGGGGCCCACCAGGACAACAUCGUGUACAGGGAGGAGAGGGUGAAAGAUGGGGCGGAGACGGCGCUGCUCAUACACGCCAUGGAAGAGGCCUUUGAUCUCAUCAUGGUGGGGAGGAGGCAUAAGGAAGAUACGCCGCAGCUGCUCGGCCUCAGCGAGUGGAAUGACCUGCCGGAGCUCGGACCCGUCGGGGAUAUGCUGGCGGCGCCGGAUCUCACUGUGCCUGUCUCUGUUUUGGUUGUGCAACACCAGAAUAUCAAAUCUAUUUAAUUCAUUACCUAUACUAAUUCAUGUUUAUAUUAAUUAAUUUUCAAUCUAAUUACCUAUACACUUGUCCAAACUCUGAUUAAUUCUUACACCAUCCAUCUCCACACUCAAACUAUAAUUAAUUUGCAGAUAUUCUGUUUGAGCUUUCA